AUGAAUAAGUUAUUCCAAUUACUUUUAGUUCUUUGCCUAUUACAGGCAACAGGAUGUGGAUUUUUCAGCAGCUCCAUCAACAAAUUAAAGCAAAAAGCUAAACAAGCUUACAAGAAAAGAUUUGGAAAAGAUUCGGCAAUUAAUAUAUGGGGCCAACAGAAGAGCGAAUAUCCUGGAGCAAACCAGCAACUCAGAGCUGAAAACAGACAAAAAUGGCAUGAAUACUAUGAAUGCCUAAUAGCUCAGUCAAAAAAUUUGAACAAUCAAAAAACAAUCACCCCAGAAGCUAUAAUUGGUUUCGAAACCGCAUCUAUAGCCAUGGAGUGUAAAAUUUGCCUAAAUCCCCUUGAAUCUGAGCUCAAAAGCUCAGUAGAAUGGGAAUGGGCUUCACCUGAAGAGGACAUAAUGUCUCCUAUAGAAUUCACGGAGCACAUACUUGUAUCCCCAGAAGACAGAACUUUGCACAUUUAUAAUCUAAAACCUGAAAAUUCUGGCCAAUACAUGUGCAAACUGGGCCAAAGCAUUGUGGCUCCAUAUUUUUUGACAGUAGUCAAUAUUUCUGAGGAUACUUUUAACGAGGUUCACAGCCCUGCAGCCCUAAACGGUCCCUACUCAGAAAAACCUCAAGAACUUAAAUACAGUUUAGUAUUGGAUACUGAAUGGGGAGAAUGGACACCUUGCAGCAAAUGUAAUGAGAUCGGUAGAAAGCAUAAGUUGGGCUACUGUGAAGUUUUUUCCAAAGAGAUUGUUGGAGUAAAGGAGAAUCAAACUGAAGACACAUCACUAGAUGAUGUUAAAGAAUUAUUCAAUAUAUUUAAAUAUGGUAUCCCGUGUCAAAGCCACAUACUUCCAAAUGCCAUAAGACAAAUUCCGGAAACAAAAUGUCCAGAAGGUCAAGUGUUCGAAAUAAGGGAUAAGGAUGGCAAAGUGCUUGAAAGAGCUAAUAAUUCAGAUGGUAUAUAUUCUUUGACUCAAAAACUUCCUCCACUAGAACCUACAGUGGAAAGACAAGUGCAAUACGGAGUGAAAGGCAAAGAUAUUGUGCUUGAAUGUCCAGGAAAUAUAAACAGUGAUGUGCCGCAACAAUGGCAAAUUGGAGAAAAAAAUUUAAUUCCUGAAACCAUAGCCAAGCAAUCCAAUGGGAGGAUUUUUAUUAGCAUCACAGAUAGAGUGCACAUAAAGAUGGCCAAAAUUUCAGAUUCUAAUAUUUAUAGGUAA